AUGAGCACCAGUGUGGAGCGCCUGUUCGACCAGCUGGGACACUUCGGAAGGUUCCAAGCCUGCCUCUACUUUGCUGCGGUCUUCCAAGCCGUGUCAUGUGGGAUUCACUACCUGGCCUCGGUGUUCUUAGUGGAGACGCCAAAGUUCCUUUGCAACACACAGUGGAACGUGACCGGAGUGCUGUAUGGCAACCAUUCAGCUACCUCGCUGGAAGACAUCUGGCCAUUCUACAAACCCGGUAGUGGGCCGGUGGUGGUGCGAACAAUUAUAGGAGAACAAUGGGAGCUGGGUCCGUGUCGCAAGAUGCUGCGUCACAACCCCAUGGACUUCCAGUAUGAGUUUAUUGGCAAUAAGUCUGUGGAGUCGUGCAGUGGCUAUGUGUUCGACCAUAGUCAGGUGGAGCAGAGCAUCGUGACCGAAUGGGACCUGGUGUGCGAGAAGGAAUGGCUUGGCAAGCUUUCACAGCCUACCUUUAUGCUGGGGGUUCUCAUCGGCGCACUGGUGUUUGGAGACAUCGCUGACAGGGUUGGCAGACGACCCAUUCUGAUAGCCACCAGCUUGUGCCAGUUUGCAUUUGGCAUAACAGUGGCAUUUACCGGGAAUUACUACUUUUUCGUGGUUAUGCGCUUCCUGCUUGCUAUGGUAUCAAGCGGCUAUCUAGUCGUGGUUUUCGUUUACGUUACGGAAUUCACAGGCAGUAAAGUUCGGACAUGGACCUCCAUGCAUGUGCAUGCAGCCUUCGCAGUGGGCAUCAUGGUCGUGGCACUUGUAGGUUACCUGGUCCGAGUCUGGUGGAUCUACCAGAUCGUCCUGACCCUUAGUACCUCUCCUUUCCUACUUUACUGCUGGAAGUUCCCAGAGACCCCUUUCUAUCUGAUGGCUAAAGGACGACAUCAGGAGACUCAGGAGCUGCUGGACACCAUGGCUCGAUUUAAUGGACUAGAACCAAGAAUGAAGGUGUCGGAGCUGAUAGAGGAAAAUAAAAAGGCACUGAAGAAUGGACAUCUGGAUGAAACCAAGCUGGAGACGCCAGAGAGGAAACUGAGCAUCCUGGAUAUGUUUGGUAGCUGGAAAAUGGCUGGUCGUAGUGCCACCUGUUGGGCAAUCUGGUUCAUUGGAUCACUCGGGUACUAUGUGUUCAGCCUGGGCUCUGUCAACCUGGGAGGAAACCAGUAUAUCAACCUCUUUUUGGCUGGUGCUGUUGAACUGCCCUCAUACUUGAUUGGCUGCUACGCGAUGGACCGGGUGGGCAGAAAGUUAACCUGUGCUCCAGCGCUGCUGCUGAGUGGAGUUGCUUGCAUGCUUAUAAUUGCAGUGCCUCAGGACAGUGAGAUUUUGGCAGUCGUCCUCAGCAUGACUGGGAAGUUUGCCAUCGCCAUCGCAUUUGGCCUGAUCUACUUAUAUACAUGUGAGCUGUACCCCACAAUCAUCAGGUCCCUUGCUGUGGGCAGUGGUAGUAUGACGUGUCGAGUCGGAAGCGUAGUGGCUCCUUUCUGUGUUUACCUUGCCGACAUCUGGAUCUACCUGCCUCAGAUCAUUGUCGGGAUCCUGUCUUUUAUCAUCGGAGUUUUGACCUUCUUCCUGCCGGAGACACUGGGGGAGCCGCUUACCUCCACGCUGGAGGAGGCCGAGGCUUUGGGCAGCAAGACCAACAAAAAAAACUCAGGAGAGGACGAGAUGCAACUAAGGCUGUCCGAUAGCAAAGUGGUGUAAUGAAGAACGAGUUCUCAUUUUCUACUGCUGUGACACAUUGACAGGCUGUAUUUGCACCCCGGGAUCUUUGAUUUGCUUUUUAGUUGUAUUAAAUCUACAUUAGAGUGAUGAUUAAAAAUAAUCAGUGGGAAACUAUUCAGUGAAAAAUACCAACUGUGCCAACAUUGGGAAAAUUACUGUAAAAGACUAUUUUAAUAUUUGUGGCAUCACGGGUUUCUAGGCUGCAAGUUCUUUUUUUGCAUAGGCAAGCUGGAAAGUCUGCACACCCCUUUCACCUUUUCCAUGUUUUAUUACGUUACAGACUCAUUCUGUAAUAGAUUGAGUUCUUUUUUUGCCUCAGACAUCUACACACAAUUACCAAUAAUUACGAAUAAUUAAGUGAAAACUGGAUUUAGAAAAUAUGCACUUUUAUUUUACUGACAUAAGUGGUUUAUUUAGGGGUUACAUAUCUGUACACACCCUUAGCUUAAUACUUGGUUGAUGCACCUUUGGCAGCUAUUACAGCUUCAAGCCCUCUUGGGAAAGAAGCUAUGAGCUUGGCACACUUGUCUCUGGAAAUUUGUGCCCAUUCCUCUUGGCGUAUCCUUGCGAGCUCAGGUUGGAUGGAGAGCGUCGGUACACAACCAUUUUCAGCUCCUUCCACAGAUGUUUGAUUGGUUUCAGGUCUGGGCUCUGGCUCGGCCACUCUAGGACAUUCACAGACUUUCUCCGAAGCCACGCCUUUGUUCUCUUGGCUGUGUGCUUUGGGUCGUUGUCAUGUUGGAAGGUAAACCUUCAUCCCAGUCUGAGAUCCAGAGCGCUCUGGAGCAGGUUUUUUUCAAGGAUCUCGGUGUACUUAGCUGCAUUUAUCUUUCCCUCUAUCAGGAUUAGUCACCCCGGUCCUGCUGCUGAAAAACAUCCCCACAUCAUGAUGCUGCCACCGCCAUGCUUCACUGUAGGGAUGGAAUUAGCCAGGUGAUAAGCGGUGCCUGGUUUCCUCCAGAUGUGAUGCUUGAUAUUCAGGCCAAAAAGUUCAAUUUUGGUUUCAUCAGAGAAUCUUGUUUCUCAUGGUUUGAGAAUCCUCUAGGUGCCAUUUGGCAAACUCCAAGCGGGCUGUCAUGUGCCUUUUACUAAGGAGUGGCUUCCGUCUGGCUACUCUACCAUAAAGGCGUGAUUUGCGGAGUGCUGCCUGGAUGGUUGAUCUUCUGAUAGGUUCUCCCAUCUCCACAAGGAUACGCUGGAGCUCUGUCAGAGUGACCCUCGGGUUCCUGCUCACCUCCCUGGCCAAGACCAGUCUUCCCCGAUAGCUCAGUUUGGCCGGGCGGCCAGGUCUAGGAAGAUUUUUGGUGGUUCCAAACUUCUUCCAUUUAUGAAUGAUGGAGGCCACUGUGCUCUUUGGGACCUGUUAAGCUGCAGCAAUUUUUCUGUACCCUUCUCCAGAUCUAUGCCUCGACACAAUCCUGUUUCUGAGGUCUGCAGAUAAUUCCUAUGACCCCAUGGCUUGGAGUUUGCUCUGAUAUGCACUGUCAACUGUGGGACUUUAUAUAGGCAGGUGUUGGCAAUCCCCAAUAAUGUCCAAUCAAUUAAAUUUACCACAGGUGGACUCUAAUUAAAUUGUAGAAACAUCUCAAGCAGUAUCAGUGAAAACAAAAUGCACCUCAGCUCACUUUUGAUGUUUUACAUUUUUACAUUGUGGGCUAUUUGGUGUAGAAUUUUUUGACAAAAAAUGAACUCAAUCUAUUAUAGAAUGAGUCUGUAAUGUAAUAGGUGAAAGGACUUUCUGGCUUGACUGUGUAGUAACUGUAGAGUUCAGCCUUGAUGGCUAACUAAACUUGACUAAGUUUAACUUUUGUUGAUGAUUUUUAUGACAUUUUGUUUUGACAUACUGAUUUUAACAACUAAUCUAUCAUGGUGACACUUUGUUUUUGCGGGUCCAAGCUUCUUCCUAUUGUUCAUUACUAAAAAGAAAUGAGCAGCAGGGACUGCUGAUGAAGUUUAAUAAAGUUUGGUCAUUUUACUGUU